AUGAAGUUUCUUGCGGCCCGCAUUCGUAAUAUGCACUUUCAAGUUGGAGUCAUUGAUAGGAAGGUCGUGUUCUUGCAAGGAUUUGAAAAUCUCGUCGCCCACAUUCUUACAAUUUUCGAAAAUCCAAGAACCCCGGAAGCUGAAAGUGAGUUGAUGGAGUCUAUCGACGGCUUGAACGCCUUCGCUGAAUCCGAAGAGUUCCAGAUGGCUUUCAGAUUUCAGUUAUGA